AAGCCGUAUUCAACUGUAGCUGCGCCGCCAUUUUAACUUCCUGCCUCAAUAGAAGACGAGCCAGUCGCACAGUAUUUGUUCUCGAAACGUUCUGUUAGUUAGCUCAACAUAGGGGUUUUUCGUGUUCAUUGUUCCUCACAGGGAUCAAACUAACUACCUCUAUUAGUUUCUGACAGCGUGUUUAGGUUAGGUUCAGCCGGAGAGUCGCAAUGCCGAGCCACCCGCUGCGUGUAGCGGUUGUGUGCUCGAGCAACCAGAACCGCAGUAUGGAAGCGCACAAUAUCCUCAGCAAACGUGGAUUUGAUGUGCGUUCAUUUGGGACGGGGUCUCACGUGAAGCUACCCGGUCCUGCCCCGGAUAAGCCAAAUGUGUAUGACUUCAAAACGACAUAUGUACAGAUGUACAACGACUUGGUCCGCAAGGACAAGGAACUAUACACACAGAAUGGCAUCUUGCACAUGCUGGACCGCAACAAGCGCAUCAAAUCAAAGCCUGAGCGUUUCCAAAGCUGCAAGGAUAAGUUUGACCUGGUCAUCACCUGUGAAGAGAGAGUCUAUGACCAAGUGCUGGAGGACUUGAAUUCAAGAGAGCAGGAAACUCUACAGCCUGUGCACGUCAUCAAUGUAGAUAUUCAGGAUAACCAUGAGGAAGCCACGCUGGGCGCCUUCCUCAUCUGUGAGCUGUGUCAGUGUAUCCAGCACACUGACGACAUGGAGAAUGAAAUCGAUGAGCUCCUACAAGAGUUCGAGGAGAAGAGCAACAGGCCUUUUCUCCACACUGUCUGUUUCUACUGAUACACAAUUUAAAAUUUGCAAUAAAUACAGACCCAGAUCACAAGCAAUCAAAUAAUAGGUUAUGUACAACACAGUACAUACACAUUGUGUGCCUACACAGUCACACAUACACACACAUGCACACAGCUUUGGGUCAGGGCCUAACAAAAUGGCUGCUGCUGGAUAUAUUGGUGAUGAUGGGUUUCUCCUCUAUGCAGAGGUAGCUCGCUGCUCUCGCUCUGCCUUUAUUUCUCCAGAUCAAGGUCAGGCCAAGGUCCUCCCUGCAUCCCAGACCAGUGAAAACACUCAACCAUGUCUCCUCAGGGAGAACCAUAACACCUACACCCACAACUGGAUGACUCCUUACAAGUUGUUAAGUACAUCAUAUGGAUGCAGAUUUUUUUCCCCCCUCCAGAUUAUAUAUAAUUGUGAUUCAUUUCAGCAUAUUUGUCAGAUUUUUAUUCCUGAUCUGGGACAGUGUACAUGUGGAGGAGCAUUAAUUGAUUUGAAUGCGUGUUUCUGUUCGACAGUGUGUUGUAUAUUAAGAUUAAGUUGAAGUGGGUGGGAUAGUAAUGAAUAACCAAACCUAGACCUCUCUGAGGAUCUCCUCCAAUCUGUUUCCAGUAUGUGUUGAUUCAUAUUUAAACUUGGAUAUGCUAUUUUUCAGGGCAUAGUAUUUUUUUCUUUUGUAAAUGUACAAGAAUUGAAGCGUUGUAAUUAUUUGCAAACUGCGAGCUCUGCUCAGAGUGCCUGAUUUUUCUGUAUGUACAUAUGAAUCCAGUAAAGAAAAACAUCUCUAAGAAACA